AUGCAACCCAACAAGCUCCGCAAGAAAAUCAAUCGCAAGAAGGAUGAUCAAGCAAGCAAGACCACCACGCCAUCUGCCAGCGCUUCUGGCCCAGCAGAGUCGAUGACCAUAGCAGAGAGAAGACGUCUGCGCAAAGGUAUGGACAACAACGCGUCAAUUCUGGUCACCGUCACUAACAUUCACAAGGCGGAAAUGCUAAGAAAGAUGGGAAUGCUGCGCAAGGUGGUCGUGCUUUUCAAAGUGGCGGUACUUUGGAAGGUAUUGAUACCCGCGAAAAUCAAAAUCUUUUACAAGCCACUCGUGCCUUGCAAGGUUACAAUCACCAACUUGCUGUUGGAGCUGCUCGAGCCGCUCGAGCCGCUGCUGCUUUGCAAGGGAGUCAUACUUACCAAAGUGGUGAUGCUUUCCAAGCUGGUGGUGCUUUGCAAAGUGGUAAUGCUUUCCAACCCCCUGGCGCUUUUCAAAGUGGUGGUGAUUGGCAGAGUAGUGCCACUUACCAAAGUGAAAGCCCUUUCCAAACUGAUGGCACUUUUCAAGGUAGUGAUACUUACCAAAGUGAAAACCCAUUCCAAGACAAUGAUAGUGCCUUGCAAAGCAACGACACCCCCCAUCAAAUUACGCGAGCCAAUUCAAAGUCAAGACCUCGACCACCACCACUAGACCUAUCCUCCACCAAACCACCCCCAAUCAUAAAACGCGUCCCACCACCCGUAAACCGCAGCGGGAUCCCAACCUUCGCGGACAGAAUCAACGCCAUGGCCGAGAGAGCCAGAGCCGGCCUGCCCAUCACGGAGGAGAACACUCGCCCAGGUACGUUACACAAGCCCAUACCAUCUUCCAACUCAAGUUUUCUUCUAACCUAGAUCAGGAGACGACACCACCAGCCUCGAACAAAGCAUGGCAGCCAUGAACUUACCUUCAGGCGACACAGCCAGAAGAGCAGCCCUGGGAGUCAACACUAACACCCCCUUCCCGGACUUUACCUUCACUGAAAACGGCAAGGUCAAGAGCCCCGACGAGCACCGCGUAAGUCGCACCCUCCCUCCCCAUAAAUUCCAAACUAACAAACAUGACAGACCUACUCCUCCCGAUCAGGCCUUCUAAAAACCCGCUCCAUGACCUCCGCCGAACUAAUGGAAGGCGUCAUCGGCGACGACGAAAUCCACGCCAUGGCCGAGGAGCUCAAGAGAACCGAAACGCUGACACUAGGCGAAGCACGCCAACGGCGCGCAACCCUCAAGGAGGAGCAGCGAGUCCGGGAGGAGAAGCGGAACAAGGACAAUGCGAAGGAGCGACGGGAGGCGAUUGAGUUUUUGAGGAUGCGUGCUUUGGAACGUGCGGAGGCGCUGAAUGUCACGAUUAGUCUUCCUCCGAGCCCGGCGACCAAGGAGAAGGAGAAGGCGGCCAAGAAGAAGGAGGAGGAGAGGAUGGGGGAGAUGGAUAGGGAGUUGGAGAAGGCGUUGAGGGAGUUGAUUAGAAGGGAUCCCUCUAGACUUUUGAGUGAGGAGGAUGCUUGA